AUGGACGAAACUGGAGUCAUGCUAAGCAUGCUUGGCUCCGCAAAAGUCCUAGUCGGCAAGGACGAUCGGCAAGGUAGUAGGGGUGCGGGUGUCAAGCGCACUAUGGUAACUGUUAUUGAGUGCAUCAGUGCUGACGGAAGGGCCCUCCUGCCACUCAUUAUAUGGCCAGCAUCGACCCAUCGCAGCAAGUGGACCACCCACAGCACCCCUGGAUGGCACUAUGCGCACUCAGAGAAUGGGUACAACGACUCUAAGAUUAGCUUAGAGUGGCUCAAGCGCGUGUUUGACCCCCAGACACGUGAGGGAGCAGGUGGAAACCCACGAGUGCUAAUCUGUGAUGGCUUUGGGACUCAUGAAACGCUCGAAAUCCUAGAGUUCUGCUUUACUAACAACAUUAUCUUGUGUCGUCUGCCUUCUCACACCUCUCACAAGCUGCAGCCAUGCGAUGUCGGCCCUUUUGCACCUUUGAAGAGCGCGUAUCGUGAACAAGUCGAGCGACUCAACCAAGGAGGCGUAGAUAUUGUUGGCAAAGAGCAUUUUACUUAUCUCUAUAGCCCUGCAAGAGAUCGCGCACUAACUAAAAGGAACAUUAGAGCUGGGUGGUCUGCAACUGGCCUGUUCCCUUUCAACCCGGAACGAGUGCUCAGAGAUGUCCCUAAACCUCCAGCGGAAGUAAGCAACAUAUUAAAUCCAGGAACCGAGACUGCGAGUGCUGAUAUGUUGGACGAUAUGCCCCGUACGCCUACCACGCCAGUAACACCAGUGACGACAGAAGCGCUUACGUCGCUGCAUGAUCUAAUUACAAAGGACACACACAUGCUUGAAAAGACGAGCAAAGACCGUCUACAGAGACGCAUACAGAAACUGGCAAGCGCGGCUAAGGUAUCCUUCGCUGAGCAGGCCCUCCUCAAAGAUCGUAAUCAUUUCCUCCUUCAGAUUAAUCGAGAAGCCAAAACCCGCCGGUCGACAAAGUCGGUAGUUCUAGGCAAGGCUAAGGUGAUGAGUUUCGAAGAUCUUGAGGAGGCUAGGGCAAAGCGUGCUGCAAUGGAGCAAGCUUUAGCAGGCAAGCCGAAGCGCGGGCGUAAGCGCAAGAGCGACGCGCUAGAAGGAUCAACGGUCCUGCGGUCGCCAAAGCCCACAGUAGCGCAGCGGAUCGAUGCGCCUGAGCUAACGCAUGCGCCGGUAUCUGAAUGGAGAGCGCCUGUAGCUAGGAUGUACUAG